AUGUUUAUCUCUCUGAUCCUCAGUGGAGUGGGGGGUCUUGGUCAACCAGAAACCAGAAAAUCCAGCAUUCACUUGAGACUCAUGACGGACCUUGCAGCUGCUCAGGAAGAUGUGUCACACCACAACAAAAUCUUGCAAGGGUUAGAUGAUCUCUUAAGGGAAUCCAUUUAUAUCACAACAUGUAAAGAGUACAGUAACCAUACUAACGAGGAAUUGGAUCUAUUGAUUUACAAACAGCUAAAAGAGACCGGGUAUCCACUUACCUCGUCGAUGGAUGAAGUGGAGAGACAUUUGGAGGACAUGCUUGGGGUACGGCUGCAGUUGCUUAAUGAACAGUUUACCGGGCCCCUACCAAACCCACAGAUACAACAACCAGAUGUUUCAAAACUGGACGAGAUGAUGGAUGAAUACCAGUCUAUAGCAUCGUCAAAUAACGCCAAGUUAUCGAAACUACGAGAGCUGGUGGCCAGACUGAAGGAAGCUAAAGGCGGUAAACCAGAGAUUGAUCCGAACCUUAUACGACAAUACAAUAAAACUGUUUCCAAGAAUCUCAUGCUUGCCGAUUUCAUAACCGACCUCAUUUCCUCAAUAAACACAGCUAAUUAUUCGCAGGAUGAACAGUUGCUCAACAUCCUUCUAGAUUGCAGUGAUUACAAUGACUAUAUACAGUUAUAA